UGUUCUUCCCUGUUGAGGAAGGGAGAGAGAAAGAGAGAGUUUCUCACAAGUAAACUGCUAGCAGUCUGCCGGGGGAGAGCAUCCAAGGAGCCAGCGAGCAGGUUGUGCACCCUGGGAUUGUGGAAUCUAAAAAAGCUCAAAGGGGAACGCAGAGCCAGAGGUGUCUGGGACCAGGAGCUGCACAGGUGCAGAAGAGGAGAAGGAACCACGUUGUGUGAAAAAGUGACAGUUUCGUUUUCCGUCAGUAACCUCCCCGAGCAACCGUCGCCAUGGCAGCUGAGAAAGCUGAAAUGGAUGCACUGAAAAAGGAGUGUGAUGGCCUCCGUGCACAGAUUGAGGCGGCUCGCAAGGCUGUGAAUGACAGCAGCAUGUCAGCUGCAGCAGCGAACGCGUCUGCAGUGGGCCGAGUCCAGCUGAAGCUCAGGAAGACACUCAAGGGUCACCUGGCUAAAAUCUAUGCCAUGCACUGGUCAGCUGACUCCAGGCAAAUGGUCAGUGCAUCACAGGAUGGCAAGCUUCUCAUCUGGGACACCUUCACAGGGAACAAGUUGGUUGCUGUCCCACUAAAGUCAGCUUGGGUGAUGAGUGUCGCCUUCGCCCCCUCUGGUAACCUGGUGGCCAGCGGUGGUCUGGAUAACAUGUGCACAGUGUACAACAUCAAGGCUGCCAGCCCCAAGACCCUCAGGGAGCUGGAUGCACACACAGGAUACCUGUCUUGCUGCCGUUUCCUUAGCGACACUGAGAUCUUGACAGCCUCCGGUGACACCACCUGCUGUCUGUGGGACCUGGAGACUGGCAAGCAGAAGAUCAUCUUCACCAACCACAUUGGAGACUGCAUGUCGCUGGCUCUCUCCCCCGACAUGAACACCUUCAUCUCUGGAGCCUGUGACUCUCUGGCCAAGCUGUGGGACCUGAGGGAAGGGGCCUGCAAGCAGACCUUCUCUGGACAUACCAGCGACAUCAACGCCAUCUCUUUCUUCCCCGGCGGGAAUGCCAUCAUCACAGGCUCCGACGACUGCAGCUGCAAGAUGUAUGACCUGCGCUCCGACCAGGAGGUGAUUGGCUACCAGGACACCAGCCUGAACGCCGGCGUCACGUCUUUGGCUCUCUCCAGCUCAGGCCGCCUUAUCUUUGCCGGCUACGACGACUUCAACUGCCACAUCUGGGACUCACUGAAGGGAGAGAAAGUUGGUGUGCUGUCUGGUCAUGACAACAGGGUGAGCUGCACCGGUGUCCCCAGUGACGGUAUGGGCGUCUGCACAGGAUCCUGGGACAGCUUCCUCAAACUGUGGAACUGAAGUGUCCCGGCGGAGGAAAACACUGGGAGAGGAGAAGGAGAGGAAAAGGAGGAAAGGGGGAGGAAAGGGGUGAAGAUAUGGAGGAGGAGGGGAAAAUAAACUAGAGACAAGUGAGAUUGGAGGAUAUUUGGUGCAGAUGCUUGAGCACAGAUCUUCCUCUCUUUCUCUCUCCCUCUCUACUUCUUCCUUAUUCAUGUAUGCAAAAUAUGAGAGGUUGCGAAUGAGUCACGUUUUAUAAAUGGCACCAGGUAAACAGUGCAUGAUGCACCCUGCUGCAUGUACAAGAGAGUUUUAUUGUUGUUGAGACGAUUUAAACGCUGAAAAAAUGAAAACAUAAAACAUAGCACAUUAUUCAAAAUGAUAACGAGCAGAAAAUAAGCUCUAAUUGAGAAUGUCAAUUACACACAUAGACUUUUGACAAUAAAAAAAAGAAAGAACACGUGAAUAUUGAAAAUAAGACUAUAGGAUUACAGAUUUAUUUUUAUUGUCUUUGACCUGUAAAAGAGCCCUGCACUUAUUUAGAUGAAAGAUUGAUAUGUAAAUUUAUUUGUAUUUUAUAGUUUAACACAUUAGGAUGGAGAGUUGAUGUACAGUGUCCUUUCUUUUUUUCUUUUUUGGGGGGGCUGCACAUAUCCUGAGUUAAUGUGUAUGGUAGAGCUGCCAUCUUGGGUCCCCUGCUAACAACCAGCAGACUUUGACGACUGCUGCUGUUUCCCCAUCUCACCGUGAAAAUCUGAUCCAUCGUCUGAACCCAGACGAAUGAAGACUCAAAGGUGGAGCCAGGCUGGCAGGCUGUGAGACUGGCUGCCGGGUGGCGGUCUGACCUGUGAAACACUCUGUAAAGACCUGUAAACUUUAUUUUACUCCCCUGGGUUCAGCUGCAUUUUGUAGUACUUUUACACUUGUGCAGUUCCUCUGUAAAAAGACGAAAUGUUUGUUGAAAAUCUUUCUAAUAAACAUAGAAUUCUGCAUUAACACCA